AUGAAACCAACGAACAAAGCACAGGACGAUGAUGCGGUUUUCGCGCUGAGCACCGAAGUUAAUCACAAGUUAGACUUGCACCAGUCCUCGGCAGAGGCACUGCGUCUUGCUGGCGUCUACACACGUCAAAGUUGUGUCCUCGACCUGUACCACGGCUACCGAUCGGAUGACGAGGACACCGAACCGGACGAAGAGGAUGGACGGCUGCAGACAGUUCGUGAGUACCACGAGAACGGCAUGCUGAAGCUGAUGCGGACCUUCGUGCGACGCCUUCGUCGGGACGCCACAGACCCCACCGCUGAGUCAUCCUACUACGACCGCGUAGUUGAAGAGAAGCACUACGAUCCAAGUGGGAUAUGUAGGGUUGACAUGCACUUUGCACUUGGCCAGCCGUACCUUUACCGCAAACACUACUACCCGAAUAAUCGUCUCAAGUCGGAGAAAGUCUUCUUUGUCGAGGACGAAGAGACCAUGCGCGCUCGCAAAGUGGGUCACUGGCGUACUUACUACGAAAACGGUAAUAUUCAGAGUGAGAUCAUCUAUAACAAAGAUGGGGUUCGUUGCGGCUUCUGCAAACGCUACGCGAUUGACGGCGCGAUUGAGUGGGUGAAGGACUACACCCGGGAACAGGAAGAGCGGCUGCAGGCCUUCAACGCCAAGCGAGGUAAUCUGGAUCUGACUGUAACCGACGCGGCUCGAGUACUCGGUCUUGAGGGUGACUGGUGCUCGCACGUUGUCAAUCGAACUUUCCGCAGCAAAUGUGCACCGCUGCACCCAGACUGGCGUCGAACCGCUGGCGAUAAGGCCGGCGAGACCUGGGAGGAGGAGCAGCGCACGGAGGCGUUUAUUCGUCUGUCGCGGGCAAGAGAAGUUCUGCUAAAGUUUCUGGAGACCCAUCCGCGUGAAUGUUCAUGCGAAAGGGGUGGUGCGUGA